CCGCUCUUGAUUAUUAAGCAGGGUCUUGCAGAAUCAAGCUAUUUACCUGGGCAGCUGCUAAGUUAGUAACCUACUAACCUAGGCCGGUUUCUCUAUCUUACCCCGAUAUACAUAUUACCUACCUAUGUGUUACUUGCAGUUAAAUUACAGGCAAUAGCUUUGUCGAGCCCGGUGAAUGCUUGGAUAUGAUAUAAUCGAGACAGGUUUACAGUCGAGCGACCUACCAAUGUAACUCACCUACAGCUAUUACUGUAGUAGGUACGGAGCAAUGUCCGUGAAUAAUAAUAAUAGCUCCGGCGGUAUCUCCGCCGACACCGGACAAGAAGACAUCAGCUCCAUCAAGCCAGAAGAGGUGAUAUUCAUCUCCAAACAACCACAACCACAACGAGCAACUGCCAAUAAUGAAUCCAAUGUUGUCUACGAAGUUUUUAGUCUCCGGGAACACACCACCACCACCACCAACAGCAAUGGGGAGCAAGGGCCCCCGUCAACAUCAUUCCAGCUCUCACGCACCCAACUGACAAAUGUCCCACAACCCCUCCUCGACGAAUUCGAGGUCGGGGUAGCAGCAAUAGUGCCGGAGCACCUGCAAAACGGUCCCACGCGCCGUGUCCACGUAGUAGCGUCGACGGCCUCCGGCACCGGUCUCGCGGCGGACUUCUACGACGCCGUGCUCCGCCCCCUGUUGGAAAGUCGGGGUAUCACCCCUGCUGCGGCAAGCGAUGGCGAUGAGGCGAAACCGGGUAUCUACCGCCUUGUAAAGACACACGGCGCUGAUAGUAUCCGUGAUUUCGCCCGGGAUCUUAGCCGCGAUGGGGGGGAUAAGGUCCGGCAUACCGUGGUCCUUCUCAGCGGCGACGGCGGCAUCGUGGAGCUGCUGAACGGCAUAACACCUACUUCAACCGUAGCGAAUUCCGACGCGCUGCCGUUGCUUGCGAUACUCCCGCUCGGCACGGGGAACGCACUGUUCAACUCCCUCCAUAAAUCCGUCGUCCCAACCGUCCCAACCGCAACAGCCACCGCCUCCGCCUUGGGUGGCCUACCAACAGCAGGAACAGCAGCGCUGCCGCCAUCGACGCUUGUGCAGAGCCUGCGGACGCUGUUCCGGGGUGUCGCCGCGCCGCUGCCGAGUUUCCGUGCCGAGUUUUCGGAGGGGGCAAGGAUGAUUACUUAUAACGAAAACGAUGAUGAUGCAGAGGCGGUAGCAGUAAAAACCCUCUACGGCGCCGUCGUAGCCAGCUACGGGUUCCACAGCCAGCUAGUCUGGGAGAGCGACACGCCCGCGUACCGGAAGCACGGCGCCAAACGGUUCGGGAUGGUGGCGCAGGAGCUGCUGAAGACGAGCCACGCGUACCGCGCCGUUGUCGAGGUGUCCCCCCCAUCCCCAUCCCAUUCCCCUUCCCUUCCCUCCUCCUCCUCUCCCCCUUCCCUCUCAUCAUCGCAAACUCUCCCCCGCACCCACCACGCCUACAUCCUCGCGACGAUGCUCUCGAACCUCGAAAAGACCUUCACCAUCUCCCCGGCGAGCAAGCCGCUCGACGGGAAGCUGAGGCUCGUGCAUUUUGGUGCGGUGGACGGGGAGACGACGAUGCGGGUUAUGAUAGCGGCGUAUGAUGGGGGGAGGCAUGUUGGGAUGAGGUGGGGGAAGAAAGGAGAAGAAGGGGAGAAAGAAGAAGGGGUGGGAUAUGAAGAGGCCGAGGUAGUCAAGGUGACGACGCGGGAGGAGGACGCGAGGUGGAGGAAGGUGUGUGUCGAUGGUGCGAUUGUGGAAUUACCCCGGGAUGGCACCAUGACGGUUGCGAAGGAGAAGGAGGCGCGGCUGUUGGUUUUGGUUGAUCGCUCGGUGUUGGGGGGAUAGGUGCUUGAUUUUUACGGGUUUGAUUGCUACUUGGCUUAUUGUUCUUCAUCUAGUCACAUACAUAACUACCUAGGUUAGGUAGGUAAUGACGAUUUUCAGCGCCAUCGGUUAUAUAUCUCAUUACUUACAUCGAGGUACUAUGUAUCUACAUGUGUACCUAGCACCUACAUAUCACGAGCUUCAAUGUUAAACACAAAGCCGCCGGUACCUAGUCUUUCCCCAAACG